AUGCAAUGGAAGAACGGUGAUACAACGAAUGGACGAGUUGUUGCUGGUGGUAAAGGCCAAGGAAAUGGAUUACAUCAAUUGAAUCAGCCAACUGAUGUAUUAAUUGACAAAGAGACGGGUAGUCUCAUUAUUUGUGAUGACAAACGAGUUGUACGAUGGUCUCGUCGUAGUGGUACAACACAAGUAGAAAUACUCAUCGACAACAUCGCCUGUUGGGGAUUAGCAAUGGAUGAACAGAGAUAUCUCUACGUCUCUGACGUCGGAAAAGAUGAAGUAAGGCGAUAUCAAUUGGGUGAGAAGAAUGGCACUCUCGUAGCUGGUGGUAAUGAUAGAGGUGAUGGUCUCAGUCAACUCAACGAGCCGACAUUUCUCUUUGUCGAUCGAGAUCAUUCAGUAUACGUAUCAGACUGGAACAAUCAUCGUGUAAUGAAAUGGGUGGAAGAUGCAAAACAAGGUAUUGUGGUCGCUGGAGGGCAAGGCUACGGAGAUGCUCUGACACAAUUGGCUUCUCCUCAAGGAAUUUUCGUUGAUACGUUGGGUACACUCUAUGUAGCAGACUGGGGGAAUCAUCGUGUAAUGCGUUUUACUCAAGGAGACAAGAAGCAAGGCACUGUGAUUGUGGGUGGUAAUGGUCAAGGAGAAGGAGCAAAUCAGUUCAACUACCCCCGUGGUUUGUCUUUCGAUCGACAUGGUAAUCUCUAUAUCGUCGAUUGUUAUAAUCAUCGUGUUCAACGAUUUUCUAUCGAAUAA